CCAGGCUUCAUCAGUCUGCUACGGGGGAACAACAAGAGUGAGCCUGCUAACACAAGAACCAGUACUACCAAGGGGACAGCAGCCUCGAGAGAAAUAUGUCUCUGGAAACUUGGUCCAGAUUCUCUGUUCUCAUGCUUAUCUCAUUGACAGUGGCACAGGACUGUUCCCAGCCCUGUGCCUGCCCUACAGACCCUGCUCCCUGUCUGCUGGGGAGCAGCCUGGUGAUGGAUGGCUGUGGUUGUUGUAAAGUGUGUGCCAGACAGCUGGGGGAGCCCUGUUCCCUGCUGGAGCCCUGCGACCAUCACAAGGAGCUUUACUGUGAUUACGCUCUGCACAGUCACACCGAGACUGGCAUCUGCAUGGCUCAGGAGGGUCAGACAUGUGACCUCAGGGGCGUGAUCUACCGCAGUGGAGAGUCCUUCCAGCCAAGCUGUAAGCACCACUGUGUGUGUAUAAAUGGAGAGAUUGGCUGUGUGUCACUGUGUGUCAGCAAGGUCCGGCUACCUUCCCCUGACUGCCCAUACCCACACCACAUCCAGAUCCCUGGAAAAUGCUGUGAGGAGUGGAUAUGUCACCAGACCCCUCAGUACCAACUCUUUCAGUCAGGCAUUGCAGGAUCAUCUCAGAUUCAGUCUUUGCCCUCCUCAUAUCCCACCUUAGUCCUCAAAAACACAUCUCCUCUUGGACUUCCAGAAGAAAACCCCCGAGAUAACUGUAUAAUCCAGACUACAGAGUGGAGCCAAUGCUCAGCCAGCUGUGGUAUGGGUGUCUCAUUCCGCAUCACCAACAAUAACCAGCACUGCCAGUUGGAGAGGCAAACUAGAAUCUGCACGGUCAGGCCCUGCAACAGCCACCAGGAGAAAGAAAUCAAGAGGGGGAAGAAAUGUGUACGCACACCAAAAGCCCAACAGUGGAUCCAUUUCAAGCUGUCAGGCUGCUCCAGCAUCAGAGCCUACAAACCAAAGUUCUGUGGUGUCUGCACAGAUGAUCGUUGCUGUACACCUCGGACAACAAUCACCGCUGAGGUGGAGUUUCACUGUCCAGAGGGAGAUAUCUUCACUAAGAAGAUGAUGUUCAUCAAGACCUGCUCGUGUCAUUAUGACUGUCCACAAGAUAAUGAUAUCUUCCUGGCCUCCAACACUCGGAGGAUGAUUGGGGACUAUGACAACAGCAUGUGAUGGUUAUGAAUUUUUUUAGGUGUCCUGUCAAACAAAACAAAAAGAAAAUAUUACACUAUUCUAAAAACAAGCUAUAACCUGUGCCUACACAAGCAGGUGACAAAUUAAAGGAAAAACUCAAACCCUUAACCCUCUGCAGUUUAUGGUGGUUUUUCUUUUGAUUUGUCACCUGCAUCCAUCCAUCCAUCCAUCCAUCCAUCCAUCCAUCCAUUUUC